AUCUUUCGUGGCUAACUUCCCACACCCCAGCCUUCCAAUCAGAGGGUCACAAUUUCCGUGACGUCCGCCGGAAAAGGAGAGGACACGAACGCAACACGUAAAACAAAACAGAUGCCACCACAAAUCACCGACAGAGGACGAGAGAAGCCACCACUGCUCCCAGGCGGAGUGGAGUCUAUUUUUGGGAGACGAGACUAAAAAGAGAGAAACAACAACGUACCUAGACGGCCCUAGUCAGCAAGAAUCGAGAUUAACUUCGUUAUUCUGUAAAUCGAAAAAGUUUCAAGGCAAGAAAACAACGUUUCUCUGGUAAGGUCACCUCACCCUGCGGCAAACUUCAACAUGGCCCAGGAGACCAAUCAGAGCCUAGUGCCUACCCUCUGUGCUAAUGGCUGUGGUUUCUAUGGUAACCCUAGGACUAAUGGCAUGUGCUCCGUGUGCCACAAGGAGCAACUGUCCAGACAGAAUAAUGGAGGAGUCGGUACUCUGACCGCCGUGGGCAGCAGCAGUGGCCACUCGGUGGAGGCGUGUGCCAUCCAGAGGUUAGAGGCCACCCUGAACAAUGCUGCAGCCGCCGCAGUCGCUGCUGCUGAGUCGGCAGCAGAGGCCGCCGCUUCUGCAGAGGCUGCCGCCGCCGAGGCUCUCAGUGGGGUGUCAAGUUCCCUGACUGAGAUGAGUCUGUCCUGCGAGGAGAACGGAGCAUCAGGGGGCAAAGUAGCGCUCACAGAUCCAGUGUUGACUCAGCCCACAUCCUCGGCAUCUCAUCCCUCCACUGCUGGCAGCGAGGAGUCCAAAGCUCCAGAGCCCACAAAGCCCAAGAAGAACCGCUGCUUUAUGUGCCGCAAGAAGGUCGGCCUCACAGGUUUCGACUGCCGCUGUGGGAACCUGUUCUGUGGAAUCCACCGUUACUCCGAUAAGCACAACUGUCCGUACGACUACAGAGCCGAAGCCGCCAACAAGAUCCGCAAAGAGAACCCGGUGGUCGUAGCGGACAAGAUCCAGAGAAUAUGAAGAGGGUUUUCCACUUUGAACACUGGGAGCGACCGGCUUUAAGAAAUUAAAAAACUCAAGCCCACCCUUCCUCCUGAAGGACCUGAUUCCCCCCUCCCCCUCUCAAUUAUUUUCCAGACUUUGUCUCCCGUGCAUGAAAUUUCACGUAUAUUUUCUGCUUUGUUUUUGUGUGAGUUUAACACUUGGAAAUGUGAGAAGAUGGAGAUUGCUGUCCCGUAAAACUCUGCCUGAAAGGAGCUCGGACCCUCUGGGCCUGUCUGGACUCUCGAGACUUUUACCGCUGAUGGCGCCGUCUCAGCCGCGCUUGCUCUCUGCUGGCUUGAGUAGCAAAAUGGAUAUCGUCCCCCCCCCCCCCCCCGUUUCUGACCUCGACUCAACUCAACUCUGUGGGGUCAGAGGUUAACCCCUCCUUACUUAUCAGACUUUGGUAAGUUGUUGUCCACCUGUACCGCUUCUCUGUGCCACUGGAAUAUCGCUGAAGAGACUUUGAAAAGAAAGAAAACUUUAUCGCCAGCCCUUUGUGGCUGGCUCGUAUUCCUCGCCUCACUGCUGUGGCACUGGUUUGACAGACUUCAUUCAACCAUUGUUUUCCCCUCCGUUGAUCUCGGGCUGAAUGCUGUGACCCGCUCUGCGUCCCCAGGAUCUGGAUAGCAGGCACAAAAAAAAGAAAUCCUCUGAAGUCACAUGACCAUUCAAGUCACCUGACUGUUAAAUGUUUUUCUUUUAUUUCUCAAAAAGGUGUGUGUGUGUGUGUAAGCUGUGUGUUGUAUGACAAGUAGCCUAAACUUGUAUUAAUGAAUAUUCAGAAGGGUUUAGCUCCACUAAUAUGUUCACCUUUUAUUCGCUAUUGAAUGUUUUUCCUUUUUAUUUUUAAUGUGAGAAGACAAAAUUUCAUGACAUUGGGAGUGUUGGAUUGUCGCAUACUGUGUGCGUGUGUGUGUGUGUGUGUGGGAGAAUACGUUGGAUGGCUGGUGUGUGAGUAUCGUGUGAGGUGACUUAGACCUGUGGACGUUAGGUUAUUAAUCAUUUUCAGUUGUUUGGUCUGGCUGCUUAAUCUGUUUUCUGUUUUUUACCCUUUAGUUAUGCAAGUUUGUACAAACAUCUUUAUUUAUAUACAGCAGUGUGCGUAAUCUUCCAAUAAUAAAGAAUGAAUUGUAUGAUGUAAAUAAAUUAUGUUCACAAAUAUAA